AAAUUAACACACAAAAGGAGGCAAUCUCCUCCUCUCUGUCUUCACUAACAUUAGAUUCCUCUUUUCUCACCAUUUUUUGUGUGUUUUUUCUCUCUUUUAUUUAUGUCACUUCAUUCAUCUAUCAUUUCCUCCUCCUCGAUCUCUGCAAAAAGUUUUCAAUUUCAUUACUGGGGCAAACUUUUCCAAAUUGCUUCAAGCUUUUAUUUUUCUUCCCAAAAGUUUCGAGCUUGGAAUUCCCAUUGGCUGCUUCUUAGCUUCCAUCCAUUAACUUGCUUGAUUUUAUUACACCCUGACCACUUGUUUUUCCUGCAUUGUUUCUGGGAGGUUUCUUCUCUCGUAUUUCUGUCUGUCUUUGUUGAAAACUACCAUACCACACCUCUGUUUUUUUUCUUCCCUUUGUUAUUUUCCUUUUAUUAAGUCCAAUAAAUUUCUCCAUCUUGUCUCCAUCGUCGUAAUAAAAUAUUUCCUCCAACUGGGUUCCCUUUUGUUCCUGAGAAAAAAGCUUGCUCUGUUCUCCUCUGUUUCUCUGGACUUUCUUCACUAGAAUGGCUUCCUUAUGCUUACCCAAAGUCGGUAUUUUUUUUGCUUAGUCUUUAGUGGCUAGAAAAAUGGAUUAAUUUCAUGAAGUAGAUAGUUUUGAUCUUGGUGAAGGGGGAAAAUGGGUAGUGGAAACUCAAAAGCUGACAAAAAUGAAGCCUUGCGUCUAUGUAAAGAGAGAAGGAGAUACAUAAAGCAAGCCAUUGAUUCAAGGUAUGCUCUUGCGGCUGCUCAUGUUUCUUAUGUUCAAUCUCUUAGAAAUAUCGGUAUAGCUUUAGGAAGAUUUUCUGAAGCUGAGAUGUUGAUAGAGUCUUCCGUAAUAACCUCUGCUACUGAGCUUGAGAAAACCCCUUCCCAGUCCUCCCAUCCUUCACCGUCUCCUUCUCAUUUAGGAGCCGAUGUUUCUGAUUCGCCAUUGGAGAAUGGGAGUCCCAUUUCACCGGUAACCGCGAGUUUGAGUUGCAUGAGAGCAGGGAAUAGUGCUGCUGUGACUGUUGAGGUGAAUCCUGCUAAUGGUUGUUCUUUGGAGGAUGAUUCAUUGGAGAUGGUAAUGCCGCCGCUGCCUCCUCCUCCUCCUUUUGCGUCAGGCUCUUGGGAUUUCUUUGACCCUGUUGAUGACUGUGAGAGUUUUAGAUUCAUGGGGAACAAUGGAGUUGAUGUGGAUUUUGAGGAUUUGAGAGGGUGGGGAGAGUUUAGGAGCAAAGGGAUUGAUCAUGGAGAUUUGGAGGAAAAUAAUGAGUUCACCAAUGGAACUUUGUGGCCUGAAUCGGAGAGAAAAGCCAUCAAAGUGUUCGAUAGUCGUUCCGCUCGGAACUAUUGCCGUGGUAGUUCUAUGGAGCAUGAUAUGUUUUUAAUUGGAUUAGGAGGAAAUGGUGGAACUAGGCAGACAAAUGACAAGGAAGUGGAGCAUAAUGUCAAUGGUCCAGGUGAAACUUUGGGAAGCGAAGGUACUCCUGAACAAUCAAGUUCAAUGAGGGGAAAAGCUAUGGGAGAGAAAGAUUUAUCUGCAGAAAGAGAAGAUCCUUCUGAGUUUAUAACCCAUAGAGCCAAGGAUUUUCUUUCAAGCAUAAAGGGUAUCAAACAUCGAUUCUUCCGAGCCUCGGAAGCAGGCAGAGAAGUGUCUCGGAUGCUUGAGUCUAACAAAAUCAAGGUUGGAUAUUCAGAAGCUGAAGGGGGAUCCUCGACAUUGCUGGCAGCUUUCCAACCUGUUUGCUGUCGUCGAAAGACAGCUUUGGUUUCUCGUGAGCCAGUGCAACAUGCAACUAAAGUCAUACAUUGGAAGAGGUUGGCAUCUUCGAGGUCUUCUUCAUCAAGGAACCCGCUAACCACGGCCGAUGCUGAUGACAGUGGAAAUGAUUUUAUCGAAGAGUUCUGCAUGAUUGCUGGUAGCCAUUCCUCCACCUUGGACAGACUGUAUGCAUGGGAAAGAAAACUCUAUGAUGAAGUGAAGGCUAGUGAAUCUAUCAGGAAGGAGUAUGAUCGGAAGUGUGAUCAGCUCAGACACCAGUUUGCUAAAGAUCUUAGCACCCAAGUGAUCGAUAAAACACGGGCAGUUGUAAAGGAUCUACACUCCCGAAUUAGAGUGGCACUUCAUUCUGUUAAUAAUAUAUCGAAGCGAAUUGAAAAAAUGAGAGAUGAAGAGUUGCAGCCACAACUUGUAGAGUUAACUCAGGGAUUGCUUAGAAUGUGGAAGGCAAUGCUUGAAUGUCAUCAUUCACAGUAUAUCACCAUCUCACUGGCAUACCAUUCAAGUAACUCAACGGAUGCGCCACAGGGAGAUACGAGGAGGCAGAUUAUGGCGCAGCUUCGGCAAGAGAUCGAAUGCUUUGGUGUAAGCUUUACCGACUGGGUCAACAGUCAUGCAUCUUAUUUGGAAGCUCUGAAUGGUUGGCUGCAGAACUGCAUCAAAGAACCGCAGGAACGUUCGAAGAAUCGGUAUCCGUUCUCACCUCAUCAAUAUCUGGGAUUCGGGCCACCGAUAAUUGUCCUAUGUCGUGAAUGGUCGGCUGGGAUAAAAGCCUUGCCAGCGGAGGAACUUAGCACUGCCAUCAAAUCCUUCUUAUCUGAUAUUUGUCAUCUAAUGGACGACCAAGCAAACAAACUACCAAAAUUAGACGGAUCAGUUGAUGCAAACAAUGGAGAACCGGGGAGAAAAGACGGUCUUAACGCGUUAACAGACGAGGAUACAAAUGAUGAUGUAUAUUCAAACUUGAGCUGCAUUCAGGCGAGUUUGACUCGUGUUCUUGACAGACUAAACAAAUUCUCUGAGGCCUCGGUGAAGAUGUACGAGGAUGUUCGACAAAAAGGUGAUGGUGCUCGAAUUAUGUACCUCAAGUUGCAGGCCAACUAGAUUAUGUAAAGCUAUGUGAUGAUUAAAGGAUAAGCAAACAUUAAGAUUUGGGUUUUGGAAUAUAUGGUUGUAAAUUAAGAA